AUGCACCCCACCACCCUCCUCCUCCCCACCGCGCUCUUCGCCGCCUCGGCCUCGGCCUGGGGCAUGCUCGGCCACCGCACCGUCGCCCUCCUCUCGACGCGCUACCUCCUCCCCGACACGGCCAUCUUUGUCAAGUCCCUCCUGCCCAAGCCCCAGUCCAUGGUCUCGGCCUCCACCUGGCCCGACUACUACGCGCACACGCCCGACGGCCGCUACUCCGCGCCCUGGCACUGGAUCGACUCGCACGACAACCCGCCGCACACCUGCGAGGUCAACUACCACCGCGACUGCGGCGGCCAGGAGGGCUGCAUCGUCAGCGCCAUCGUCAACAUGACGGCAAGAGUCACAAACGAGGAGCUCUCGUUCUACGAGCGCCAGAUGGCGCUCAAGUUCAUCAUCCACUUCCUCGGCGACAUCCACCAGCCGCUGCACACGGAGGAUCUCCUGCGCGGCGGCAACCAGAUCCCCGUGCUGUGGGGCAAGCAGCACACGAACCUGCACCACGUGUGGGACUCGAGCAUCGCCGAGAAGCACCAAGGCGGCAGCGCGGUGCGGCACGCCGUCGGCUGGGCCGACACGCUGCACGGCGAGAUUGAGGGCGGCAAGUAUAGUGGUGUGCGUGGCGAGUGGAGCGCGUGUGUGGAUCCGGCGCGCGCGGAGGAGUGUGCGCUGGUCUGGGCGGGGGAGGCGAAUAGGUGGAUGUGUGAUGGGGAGUACUAUGAGGGCGCGAUAGAGAUUGUGGAUGUGUUGGUGGCGAAGGCGGGGUGGAGGCUGGCGGGGUAUUUGAAUAUGAUUGUGACGGGGAGGGCGGGGCUGGAGGAGGGCGAGAGGGCGGCGACGGUGGAGGCGGCGGAGGGGGAGGACUGGGUGGGUGGGUAUGCUGCGAGCGGGCAGGAGCUGAAGAAGAGGGCUAUGGGUAAGGCCAGCACGGGAUGGUGGGGGAAUGUUAGAGCUGGAUUGGGCAAUCUGAUUUAA